UAUAAACUAUUUUCGUGUUGUGUGAUAAAAAUGUCGUGGUCAAACAGAGAAGUUAGGGUAUUAAUUGAAGAAGUGCAAAAAUAUCCCUGCCUCUACCUAGUGAAAUCGGCUAAUUAUAAAAAUAAACACGCACGUAACGAAGCAUUAGCUUCAAUUGUUAAGGCACUUUUGCCAUUACGACCCGGAGUUUGCGAAAAUGACAUAAAAGCCAAAUUCAACGGCAUUAAAAGUAACUUUUUUAGUGAACAUCGCAAAGUUUUAGCCUCUCAGAAGAGUGGUGCCGGCUCAGAUGAUGUAUACAAACCCACAUUGUGGUAUUACGAUCUUCUUGUGUUUCUAUUAGAACACUAUGAAACACGAUCCGCAUAUGACUCAUUAGGAGAAGCAUCACAAACUCAAACGCAGAAUGAAACCAUCACAGAAAGUCUAGAGGAGGAAGUGAUGGAAGAAGACACAGUAUAUAUGUUAGAUACCGAAACUGGAAUGCUAAUCCCAGAAUCUAAUAUUAGUGAGAUUGAUAGGGAACAACCACCGAUACUCAACACACCCAAGACAAAUUGCAACAGCAAUCGCAAAAGGAAGAAGACCAGCAAUGAAGAUAAUUCACAAUUUUUUAUGGAAUCAACUAAAGCUCUUCAAAAUUUAACGGCGGCCAUGCAGUCAAAACAGAGUGAUAAGUUGCUAGGUGACAAAAACCAAAUUUUGGCUAAUUACAUCGUUUCAAAACUAGCAAAAAUUCACGAGGAAAUUAAAGAAGAAAUAGAAAUGAAAAUUGUAAAUAUUUUAUUUGAGGGGAUACAACGGUCAAACAAUUUGUAG